UACCUGAGAUGUUGGAUCAAGCCACCACUCAUGUAAAGCAAUUGGGACAAAGGGUAGAGAUGCUGAAGCAAAAGAAGCAACUACUUGAAGGCAGUAGUAGUACUGAUGAUCAGACAACUGGUAUCAGAGAUCAUAUGAUGGGUGGCGCAUGGUUACCUGUUCUCACAGUGAGUGAUUUGGGUUCUAUGUUAGAGGUAUGCGUGAAGAGUGGGUCAAACAAGAAGUUCAUGUUGCAUCAAGUAAUCCAAGAUCUUGUGGAAGAAGCAGCUCAGGUUGUAGCUCUUAGCUACUCUAAUGUUGGGGACAGGAUCUUCUACACAAUUUACGCUCAGGCUGUUAGUCCUAGAAUUGGCAUAGAGACUUCAAGGGUGCAUGAAAGAUUGAAGGAACUAAUUUUUUGAAGUACUGGCUAGGCCUUGCCUUCAAGGAACAUAGCAUGCAUGAUUAACGUUUUACCUUUUUCGUCUAUACAUGUUUGGCGGAAAUAUUACACAUCGCAGAAUAUCUUUAG